AUGGCGUUCCAGAAUCUUUCUUCCCGUUUCAUUCUCAUUACAAUCUUCUGUUUCUUAACUUUAUCCUCCACUGUGACUGUCUUCGGCUCCGCCUCUUCGUUACCAUUAGACGACAUCCCCGAGGGCGACGGAGUAUUCCCUUCAGCUUUUCCUUUUCAAAUACGUUUCCACGGCGAUGAUAUUGAUCCCAAAACCGCCGCGUAUUCGGUUGACUACGCCACUGGCGGCCAAUGGGCGCUUUUACAAAAGAGCAUCGGGGUCUCCGCCAUGCACAUGCAGGUCAUGUAUAAUAAUAAGGUGGUGAUCUUCGAUCGGACCGACUUUGGACCCUCUAAUCUCACUCUCCCUCCAGGCAUAUGCCGACACAAUGACAAGGUUUUGCAGGUGGAUUGCACUGCACAUUCUGUCCUCUAUGAUAUCACUACCAAUACGUACCGCCCCCUCACCGUGCAAACCAAUGUCUGGUGCUCCUCCGGGGCCGUCAAUGCCGACGGAACCCUUGUCCAAACCGGUGGAUACAAUGCCGGCGACGACAAAAUAAGGUUGUUCACUCCAUGCAACGACGAUAAAUGUGAUUGGGUUGAGCUGCCUCAGAUCCUAACUGUCGAAAGAUGGUAUUCCUCAGACCAAAUCCUACCUGACGGACGUGUGAUCAUUGUUGGGGGCCGGAGGCAAUUCAGCUAUGAGUUCUUCCCAAAGAGUCCAGUUCGGAACAGCCCAAGUAACAACGUUGUCUACUUUCCAUUCUUGAAAGAAACAACUGAUCCUAAAGAAGAAAACAAUCUUUAUCCAUUCUUGCACCUUUUGCCGGAUGGAAAUCUCUUCGUUUUCGCGAACCAAAGGUCUAUCAUAUUAGAUUAUGUUCACAAUAGAAUCAUCAAAGAAUUUCCUCAGAUUCCCGGUGAGAAGAGAACGUAUCCAUCGACAGGUUCUUCGUUGAUGUUGCCGCUGAACUUAAGUAAUGGUGGUCGUGGCAGUUCUACGUCUUCGUCGCCCACAGUGGAGGUGCUGAUAUGCGGUGGUGCAAAGGGUGGUUCAUAUAUUAAGGCUUCACAGAAAGGUGUAUUCACAUCAGCUUCUAGUACAUGUGGUCGUUUGAGGGUCACGGACCCAAAUCCACAAUGGGUCAUGGAGGAAAUGCCCCAGCAUCGGGUCAUGCCCGAUAUGUUGUUACUACCCACGGGUAAUGUUAUUAUUCUCAAUGGUGCAGCAAAGGGAUCAGCCGGGUGGGAGUGUGCGGAUAACCCGGUUGUGAACCCGCUUCUUUACACUCCAAAUGAACCCGACUUGAAAAAGAGAUUCACUCUGCUCAACCCCACCGCAAUUCCAAGAAUGUACCACUCAGCAGCCACUUUAUUACCAGAUGGCAGAAUAUUAGUGGGUGGAAGUAAUCCACACGUAAAUUAUAGCUUUACAGGCGUGAAGUACCCAACUGACUUAAGUCUCGAAGCAUUUUCUCCACCAUACAAAGCCCCACAAUACGACUAUCUCCGCCCUACGAUCUCAUCAGUAGAUGUAGGGCCCAUACAAAAUGUUGUAUCGUACGGUCAAGAAUUCUCCGUAACAUUUGACAUGGGAUUGUUCCAACCAUCCGAUAUAAUCCACAAGGAGUACAUGGUAGCAAUGGUUGCACCAUCAUUCAACACGCACUCUUUUGGGAUGAACCAAAGGCUAUUAAUGCUGAACAUUGUUGACAUUCAAAGAGUACAGUACUCGCUAGUUGCCCGCAAGGUCACGGUCUAUGCACCCUCAACAAAAAAUAUUGCACCCCCGGGGUACUAUAUGCUGUUUGUGGUUCACCAGGGGAUACCUGGACCUGCUGCUUGGAUCAAAAUGAAGUGA